AUGACCCCAUCGCGAGAAAAAAGCCUGGCAGACGCCGCCCCGGCGGGCGAGCCCUCGCUGCCCGUGGCCUCGCCCACCAACACGCUGGCCGGCGUGAAGCGGCCUGCCACAGCCCUGCUGCCUCCCUUCGAGCCUCUGUCCUCUUCCCCGGGCCUGCCUCGCCCCUUCAAGAGACAAGCCCGUGCCGGAUCCAUUGGGGCAAGCAUUCACAAGUAUCCAACUCCCGUGCCGACUUCCAGCACGGGUAUCCUGUCGUCGUCCCCACCACGCGUCCAGAGACCCGGCUUACAACGCGCCCUCUCCACCGUGUCAGAACGUGCACCCCUCUCGGCCGUGCCCGCCGUAGAGCUCAACGAGAACGGCGAGAUGCUCCUGAUGGGUCGGUCGAGCAACUCGUCCCACUACCAGCUCUCGGCCAACCGCCUCAUCUCGCGUGUUCACGUCAAGGCGCGAUAUAUCCCCGCCACGCUCCCACUCGAGCCGAACAAGGUCGAGAUUAUUUGCAACGGAUGGAACGGAUUGAAGCUGCACUGCCAGGGAAAGACGUGGGAGCUGGCCAAGGGUGACACCUUUACGUCGGAGACGGAGAAUGCCGAAAUCAUGCUGGACGUGCAGGACGCGCGUGUCAUGGUGCAAUGGCCCAAGAGAGAUCGCCACGAGUCCAUAGCUAACCUCUCGGACUCCUCGUGGGACGACUCGCCGCGGUCGAGGCCGCAUCGCAACGGCUCUGCAUCCGACCUGCUCCAGUCGAGCCCUCUGCGCCGACAGACGCGUGUCAAGUCGCCAGAAUCGCCCACACCUACAAGCAAACCGUCUUCGGCGACGUCCAGCUUCAACGCCCUGCUGCCAGACCACGAUGCAAGUGACCAGGUGCAGAUCUAUGAGGAUCCUGACGACGCGGAACCCGAGCUACCGCAGCCAGUGCCCGAUGUUGACGCUUCGUUCGCACAGACCGAAAUCACCAACAGCUUCUCGAGUGAUCUGAGCGAGCCGGAUGACGAGAACGAUCCCGACGAGGAGAACGAUCCCAUUGUGCACUCUUUCGGACCGUUUGGGGCCAACUUGUCCAACCGACUCGCCGCGUUCACUGCCGAGUCCCCUCGUCAGCCGUCACGGAUCUCGUCAGGCCACUCGACUGCUCACCCCUCUGCCGAGCCCGAGGAGCCCCCGAUCAACGAGAAGAUCGACGUGGCGGCCGUGACCAACCACGUCGUCAACCAGCUCGCGUUCUCACGGCUGUCGUCCAACCCCCUGUCGGGCAUCAUGAACAAUCUGCCCACCGAGGAGAAGAAGGACCUGACCAAGUACGAUCUGCGGAGAAUUAUCGAAGCCAACGACUGCAUUGGUACUAUUCGGCGAUCGGGAAAAGACGCGGCGGGGAAACCCCUGGAGAGCGAGUAUUACUAUAUUCCCGAGAAGGAUACUGACGAGUCGCGGCGCGUUGCCGUGACGGAUGGCCUGAGAAAGCCAAGCCUCAGAGCCUGUAGAAAACAACACAAGGUAAACCGCCGUCCCCUCGGGAGCGUGGAAGCACAGCUAACGUCCGCCAGCAAUACUACUGGAAACGGCCGAAGACACCUUGAAGCCUCUGUAGACUUACCGACCUUGUACCUGCAUAGCGGAGGUGCUCCCUGUUUCCCGAAGCAGUAUACCCCCUUUCACUCGACUGUUGAUCAUUACCGCAUGGGCAUAGCGCCCGCCGCGUUGUCCCAGGCCGUGCAUAGCAAGAGGCGUUCUGUGUUGUUGUUUCUUGUUUGGGUUCAUUUGCCAUUCCCUGUAUCUUGCUGGGGGAGUAUCGGUCCUCUUGAUGGUUCUAGAGUACAUGUUCGUCCUUUGGCCGGCUAUGGCUCGCUGCUGGGUUCAUUUCGCUUUGCAUACGCCGAAACGACGCCUUGGAAGACCAGUGUGGGAAGGGACGAAGUGAUGAGCCGAGGACCGACGUGGAUGGAUUGUACAUACGCUGCUGAAUUGAACUCUAUGGAUCUGUUAGCUGAAGAUUCGCCUAAUGCCGACAUGUAG